AGAGAUAUGCAAUUAGCAAUGGUAGAGCAGACUAGAGCCCCAAAGGAUAACGCAGAGGUGUGUCUAUUUCCCACCACCAGAGAUAACAAGACACAACCUAAAACUAGUUGCUAACAGCUAAUAACCAACAGCCAACGGCCAACAGUGUCUUAAAGAGCUGCAAUUUCAACAAUCUUGUGAUUAAUCAUUUCCACAUCGAAAGGACUCAGAAUGGAGGCAAGAACAUCAGCGACUUAUUCGAUUGGAUCGUAUCUAAGCCCCAAACUCAACCUUGCUCGUCAGAUGAAGCCGACAACUUUAACUCUAAAUUCCCAAUACACAUUUAGAGGUUUCAGUGGCCUCAAGGCUGCUGCUGAUAUAGCUUGUGAGUCAGAAAUGUCGCUUUUUGGAAGAGAAAGUAACGCAGCUCUAGCACGAACAUUUUCUAGAAGAAUGCACAAAUACUGUCAGACUUCUCGAUAUUGCUUGAACCCCCAAGCAUCGUCUUACAAAGUGGCAAUCUUAGGUGCUGCAGGGGGAAUCGGACAGCCUCUAUCACUUCUGAUCAAAAUGUCUCCAUUAGUGUCCGAUAUACAUCUUUAUGAUAUAGCCAACAUAAAAGGAAUUACUGCAGAUCUCAGUCACUGCAACACACCAGCUCGAGUUUUGGGUUUUUCAGGAACGUCUGAGCUGCCCGAUGCUUUGAAGGGUGUCGAUGUUGUCGUCAUCCCAGCAGGAGUUCCACGAAAGCCGGGUAUGACUAGGGAUGACCUAUUUAGCACAAAUGCCAGCAUCGUCAAGAGUUUGAUUGAAGCUGUUGCUGAUAAUUGCCCGCAAGCGUUUAUCCAUAUCAUAACUAACCCGGUGAAUUCCAUGGUACCCAUUGCAGCGGAGGUGUUAAAGCAGAAAGGCGUUUAUAAUGCGAAGAAGCUCUUCGGAGUUACAACAUUGGAUGUUGUAAGAGCAAACACAUUUGUUGCUCAGAAAAAAAAGUUGAAACUGAUUGCUGUGGAUGUCCCGGUUGUAGGCGGACAUGCUGGGAUUACCAUUUUGCCCCUGUUGUCAAAAACAAGGCCGUCAGUGAGCUUCACUGAUGAGGAAGUCGAAGAACUAACUCUGAAAAUCCAAAACGCAGGGACAGAAGUGGUGUUGGCGAAGGCUGGGGAAGGUUCCGCUACAUUGUCAAUGGCAUAUGCUGCUGCGAGAUUUGUGGAGUCGUCCCUUAGGGCUUUGGAUGGAGACGCUGAUGUUUAUGAAUGUGCUUAUGUGGAAUCAACUUUGACCGAGCUUCCUUUCUUUGCCUCUCGAGUAAAGCUUGGGAAGAAUGGUGUUGAGGCUUUUAUUUCCUCGGAUUUGCAGCGAUUGUCGGAGUAUGAAGCCAAGGCGCUGGAGGCUCUGAAGACUGAACUCAGGGCGAGCAUUGAUAAGGGGGUGGCUUAUGCCCAUACGCAACCUGUACCUGCAUAAUCAUAGUAAAUAAAACAUGUUGCAUUCUUUUAAGAGUCUAUUUCAUGCAGUCUGAAGUCCUAACAGGUCUUCAUGAGUUAUUUUUAGUAAAUAACACAUGUUGCAUUCUAUGCUUCUCGAACGCUAAUAAUUUUAUGAGGCUUUGCUCGUCAAAAGUUUCUGUUCAGCAAACAUCGAUUUACUUGGCGUUCAGGUUUUGGAGGAAGUUACAAUGAACUUCUCGUAGGGAAGUUCACUGGCCAGUAUGUCACUGAUAUAUAGAAGUAGAAACUGAAAGUAUGAAAGCAUUUUCGGUGGAAAAA